AUGGCUUCCCAGGUCGCUUCUUCUCCCAGCUUUCCGCUGUCGUCGCCGCCUCCGUCCCUGUCGGGUCUAGAGUCUCAAGCUCGGGCGCAAUCGUCCAAUCUGUUCUCUGACCUGCGCAAUACCGAGAGCCAACAGUUACGUGACGAAGAAGAUGAGAAUGAAAUUACCCACUCUGUCAUCAAGCGCAGAGAUUACUCGGCCAUUGCCAAAGUGACUGAUCUUACUGCCGAGAAGGUGCGUGAGGCCUUUGAGCAAUUUUUGCAGGAGUUUGUCGAUCCGUCUGUUGAAGACGCGCGCUUUGGAGGUAAGACUUACCUUGCUCAGGUUCAGGCCAUGCAAUCUUACGAUAUGUCAACGUUGUUUGUGGAUUACGACCAUCUGUUGACUGUUGAAAACGGAGUUCUGGCCAGUGCUAUCACCGAGCAAUAUUAUAGGUUUUUGCCAUAUUUGCUCAAAGGUCUUAGGGCCGUUGUCAAGAGACACGUUCCAAAGCUUCUCAGACGCUCGGAGAUUUACGACGACGAGGAAGUCGAGCACCACGAAAGAAUUUUCCAGAUUGCAUUUUACAAUUUGCCAACUAUCAAACGUGUUCGUGAGUUGCGUGCUCAUCACAUCGGGUCUUUGAUCUCUAUCAGUGGAACUGUUACCCGUACAAGUGAAGUGAGGCCUGAGCUGUUCAAGGCCUCGUUUACUUGUGAUUACUGUAAGACUUCGAUUGAUGGAAUCGAGCAAAUGUUCAAGUUCACCGAGCCAACCUCGUGUCCAAAUCCCGGUUGUGAAAACCAGGCUUUCUACACACUGAACGUCUCCAAAUCCACCUUUACCGAUUGGCAGAAGGUGAGAAUCCAGGAAAAUUCGUCCGAAAUACCUACUGGAUCUAUGCCACGUACCAUGGAUGUUAUUCUCAGAUGUGACAUGGUCGAGCGUGCCAAGCCAGGUGAUCGCUGCCGUUUCACGGGAACCGAGAUCGUGGUGCCAGACGUGACCCAGCUGGGCCUGCCCGGUAUCAAACCCGCUGCAGUCAGAGGUAUGAGAGGUAUGGCCUCCACAACGGAAUCGCUAAACUCUGGAGUUACCGGAUUGAAAGGUCUUGGUGUGAGAGACUUGACCUAUAAGCUCGCGUUCUUGGCAUGCCAUGUCAACUCUCAGGUCUCAAAGACCGGUGAGACUCUCGAAACAGAGGAAGACCAGAUCACUUCGUCGCUGGACAACGACAAGGAGCAGGAGAAGUUUUUGAGUACGCUAUCUGAUGCUGAAGUUGCGGAGCUAAAGGAAAUGGUGAGAGACGAAAACGUCUACUCCAAGCUGGUACAAUCGAUCGCUCCAGCCGUGUUUGGUCAUGAGGCUGUCAAGAAGGGUGUCUUACUGCAAUUGCUAGGAGGAGUCCACAAGAAGACUAUUGAUGGAAUUAACCUCAGAGGAGACAUCAACGUGUGUCUGGUAGGGGAUCCUUCCACCUCCAAAUCGCAGUUCUUGAAGUAUGUAUGCUCGGUUUCUCCCCGUGCUAUCUACACCUCUGGUAAGGCUUCUUCGGCAGCUGGUCUGACUGCUGCUGUAGUCAGAGAUGAGGAGAGUGGUGAGUUCACCAUUGAGGCGGGAGCUUUGAUGCUUGCUGACAACGGAAUCUGUGCCAUUGACGAGUUCGAUAAGAUGGAUAUCUCCGACCAAGUGGCAAUUCACGAAGCCAUGGAGCAGCAAACCAUUUCUAUUGCCAAGGCCGGUAUUCAUGCCACAUUGAAUGCCCGUACUUCCAUUCUAGCAGCUGCUAAUCCUGUCGGAGGCCGCUACAACCCCAAGUUUGGGCUCAGGGCCAACCUUAACAUGUCUGCGCCAAUUAUGUCGCGUUUCGAUUUGUUCUUUGUGAUUUUGGAUGAGUGUAACGAACGUAUUGACACGCAAUUGGCUGACCAUAUCGUGAAUCUACACAUGUUCCGUGAUGAUGCUAUUCAUCCUCCAUACUCUGCAGAACAGCUUUUGCGCUACAUUCGUUAUGCCAAAACCUUCAAACCAAAAAUGCCCAAAGAAGCUAGAGACUAUCUUAUUGCCAGAUACAAGGAGCUCCGUGAAGAUGACGCUCAAGGAUUGGGAAGAUCCUCUUACCGAAUUACGGUGAGACAGUUGGAAUCGAUGAUCCGUUUGUCUGAGGGAAUCGCCAAGGCCAACUGUACCGAGGUGAUAAAGCCUGCUUUUGUAGCAGAGGCCUAUGAUCUGUUGAGACAGUCGAUCAUCAGAGUCGAGAAAGAUGACGUUGAGAUAGACGAAGACGAAGCUGGUGUCAUUCACGAGGCCGAGGAAGAACAGGAAGGUACCCAGCAGGACGCACAGGAUGCUGACAGAGACACUGACAUGGUGGGGAACGAAGAUCAGCCACAGCACCACCGUUCCAAGCGUAGCGUGCUGCCAUAUGACAAGUACAUCAAGAUGAUGAACUACAUGGUCAAGAAAGUCUCUGCUACGGAGUCGGAUCCUGCUUCGAGAAUGACUGCCGAGCAACUUGUUGAGUGGUAUCUUUCUCAAGUUGAGGAUGAGCUUGACACUGAGGCAGACUACUGGAACGAGAGGAAGCUGGCCUUCAAGGUUCUCAAGAAGAUUGCUAAAGAGAAGAUCGUGUUGCCAGUAUCUGUUAGUGAAGACGAGGAACUGCUUGAGCCAGAACCAGCGUUUGCUUCUCAGGAUCCACAGAGUCUGACUGAUUCCCAGAGGCUGGAACUACAAGAAUGGCAGAGAAACCAAGAAGCGGCCAGAGGCCAAAAAUUGGUAUAUAUUUUGCAUCCUAACUGUUCCAUUGUGGACUUCUUUGACCAAAGGCCCGAGGAAGAAUAA